UCGUUCGUUCCUCCUACAUUGUACUGAACUCCUCCAUGUCGAGGCUAGGCUAUGGGGGAAGAUCAAUACACGAACUGAGCCUCUAAAUAACCAAGGUUCCGUGCUCUGAGGCCGCAAACCACCGGGAAGAGGUAGAAGUCAAGUGCAGAGUGCGGCUCUACCGUCCCUUCUGUGCAUGUGCUCCCCAGCAAGUCUUUGGAGCCCGGUGUUUCUGGCUAGCGAAUUUCCCCAUCUACCCGAGAGGAGUCGUCCCCUUGAAUUUGCUCGACCUUUGCGGCUUCCAGUGACAAGUACAUUUAUACGACUGCAGGCAGCAUUGGGCAGCGCUGGGCAAAUGAUCUGCAGUGUUCAAGAUGGCAGUGGCCAGUGGAGUUCGCAUGGGAUUACCAACUAUAUUCGGUAAAAUACUGCAGAGGAAUGCCAGCACGCAACCUGAUAUCGAAACGGAGUCUCUGGAGAAUGGUGGAAAGGUAGUGUUUUUGUACUUCACCGCCUUCUGGUGUCCUCCUUGCCACGAACAUGCACGAACGCUGAUCAAGUGGUAUGAGAAAUUCAAAGCAAGUGAAAACGGCGACUUGCUGGACAUAGUCUUUAUCAGCCUUGAUUACAGCGAGGAGGAGUUCACAUGUUUCUACAACUGGAUGCCGUGGUAUGCACUGCCUUACUGCAAGCGAGAAACAGCGGCGAAGCUUAUUCGACGGUACAGGAUAGCAAAUAUCCCUGAGGUGGUGAUUGUUGAUAGCCUGAGUGGAAGGCUGAUCACCACAGCAGGAUUGCAGGUCCUUCAUGACGAUGAGCUGGGGGAAAAAUUCCCUUGGACACCAGUCGCGGUGAAUGACAUUUUGCAAACGGGAACGUUUUCCAGAGGAGAUGGAAGUGCGGCGUCGGCAUUUUCGGAGUUGUCCGGGAAAGUAGUUGGCCUGUUGUAUACAGGAAGUUGGUGUAAGCCUUGUGUGGAAUUGACGUCAAUACUCAAAGGAGUUUACGAAGCAGCUAACAAAUCAUGCAAAAGACUUGAAAUCAUCUAUAUAAGUGACGAUCAGAGUGAAGAGAGCUUUGAAGAAUCCCUCAAAGAGACACCCUUUCUGGGUGUUGGGCCCUCGGAUGCACGCAAGUCAAGGCUGUACCAAUACUUCAAUAUCACUGAUAUACCAAGACUUGUAAUGCUUGAUGAAGAUUGGACAGUGAUCAAUGAAGAUGCCCGUGUGUGCUUGACGUGUGAUCCGGGGGCUGAGGAUUUCCCAUGGAAAUAUGAGCCUCUGAACAUUCUCCAUGAGAAGUUUGCGAGGUAUUUGAAUAGGGAAAAUUGCCUGAUAUAUAUGACUGAUGGGAGCUCAGAGCAAAUGGACCAGGCGAAACUAAACUUGGAGCAACUGGCAGUGGCGGAACGAGACAAGGCGGAAGCUUUCAAUGAGCCGCAGCUAAUCCACUUCUUCAUCUCAUCAUCCAUCGGGAAAGCCGAUGACGUUUUAAAGACUUUGGCUCUUCCAAGUAACCGACCCGCAGUUGUCAUCCUAGACGAUCGCACCCCUGUCUGGUAUUUCAGUAGAAAACGGAUCGAUGCCCAAGCCAUUGAGUCAUGUGUGGCCGAUUAUAAAACUCAAAUGUUAGAGGAGCGAUUCGCACCAACAGAAAAGGAAAGCAGUCUGUAGCUAACAGCGGCUACAGGCUGUCGCCAACAUCCUGUAAGGCUGUGUAUGUAUUGUCUAAACACACAGUGUAAUAACAGUCCUCGGUCUGCUGAGGUUGUUGCAUGCUGCUGCUACUGCUGCUGCCUGCUGUCUGGGAUAGCAUAUGUUUGUACGUGACAUGUGGCCCGCACAGUCCAUGUUGAUUCCCAGACCGGAAUGGUCGGAGAAGUGCACUGCGCCUGACCAGCACAGCUCGUGUAGCACUUACUACUCCUUUUGUUGUCUUUGUAUUUGUCUUUGUCUCUUUCAUUACCCCCAUUACUUUGUAGGGAUGUGCACAUAGUAUAAAAAAUGUCUACGACUGAUAUUACACGAUCAUAUUCGAGUCAUAUCCCUACAUCUCAGCGCGUAUAGCAAACACAAUUAUGGAAUUGCCACUUCGUUUCUCACCAUAAGUUUCUUGUACCGCUUACACAGGAAUCAACGAGGCAUUGUCCAAGUCUUGAUGCAUUCUCAGCUGCUGCUGCCGAUUCUGAGCGUUCUGGAUAUCUGGACAUUUGCAAGUAGACAACCUGCGUUUGAUCAACAGACAAUUACAUGACAAUACAUUACACCUACCGCGCCUUUCACUGG